CGGGUGCGUCUCUGUUGGACUCCCACACUUUCCAUUCCUCGAAUUUUUAUUUUGAAAAAAAAAAGAAGACUCCGCAGCGCGGCGGAGAGGAAACUCGGCUGGGGACCCUCGCCGCCCGCGUCGGUCAAAGGCGGCGGCGAUCCUGCGCCGGCUUCAGCCCGCCCCGUCGAUUCGGCCCGCUCGGCCUCCAGAUUGCAGCUUAAGGUCUGUGGAAGAUGGGGACCUCCUCCGGCGCUAAUUUCCACCAGCACCCGCCGUCGUCCCAGGGGAUGCUGCCGCCGAGGCAUGGCCCGCGCCCCUCGGGGCCGCAGACCUCGCUCUCGCUGGCCUCGUCCGAGCAGGUGGGCUCGCCGGACAUGCAGGAGCCCGGCUCGAACUCCGACCCGGGGCACGACUCCGCCACCGAGAGCGCCAGCUCCAGGGACACGUGGCCUGCGGAGCCAAACCAGAGCAACGGUGGCACUGCUGCUGCUGGUAUUGUUAGUAAGGCCGUGGAGAAGGAGAAGGAGGUCACGAAUGGUGUUUCCAAGCUGCAGGUUAUCCGCGGACCCUCCUCCCGCGUGGGUGGGAUGCUUCUGAGGGAGGUUGCGCGGGAGAGGGUCGAUUUGGUCGCAGAGAAGAUGAAGGUGAUGCCGGAGGAGCACUUGGAGGAGAUCAAGAAUGAGCUCAGGUCGAUUCUGGAGGGCACGGGGGGUUCUCAGCACGUCGAGGAGUUCUUGUACCUGCAGAAGCUUGUCCAGGACAGGGCUGAUUUGACACCAUCCAUGCUUUCACUGGCGCACCAUGUGCAGCUGGAGAUCCUUGUUGCGAUCAAGACUGGGAUACAGGCGUUUCUGCACCCCAGUGUUACCAUCCCACAGGGCCGCCUAGUGGAGGUCUUCUUGUACAAGAGGUGCCGGAACAUUGCUUGCCAGAGUGCUCUCCCUGCUGAGGACUGCAAGUGCAAUGUGUGCUCUAGCAGGAAUGGCUUUUGCAACCUCUGCAUGUGUGUCAUUUGCAACAAGUUUGAUUUUGAGGUCAACACAUGCCGCUGGAUUGGGUGUGAUUUCUGCUCUCAUUGGACACAUACGGAUUGUGCAAUUCACAAUGGCCAGAUUGGAAUGGGACAAUCAGUGAAGAGCAGCAUUGGCCAUGCUGAGAUGCUUUUUAGGUGCCGAGCUUGCCAGAGGACCUCAGAGCUGCUGGGCUGGGUUAAGGAUGUCUUCCAACAAUGCGCUCCUGGUUGGGACAGGGAUGCACUGUUACGGGAGCUUGAGUUUGUUUGUAAGAUAUUCCGUUUAAGUGAGGACCAAAAGGGUAGGGUGUUGUUCAGGAAAUGUGCGGAUCUGAUUGAAAGGUUGAGGAACGCCCCAGCUGAUUCCAUCAAUUCUAGGGUGAUACUACAGGCGCUCCAAGAGCUUGAGAUGGACUCCCCAAAGAUCUCUGAAAAUGAGGAUUCAGGACGCCUGAUCACACCCCAGGAGGCCUGCAACCGCAUAGCAGAGGUAGUCCAAGAAGCCGUAAGAAAGAUGGAGCUCGUCGCGGAAGAAAAAAUGCGACUCUACAAGAAGGCCCGCCUGGCCGUGGAUGCGUGCGACCGUGAGCUGGAGGAGAAGGUCCGUGAGGCGCAGGAGCUGAAGGCGGAGCGUCUGCGCAAGAAGCAGCAGGUGGAGGAGCUGGAGAGCAUCGUGCGGCUGAAGCAGGCUGAGGCGGAGAUGUUCCAGCUGAAGGCGAGCGAGGCCCGGCAGGAGGCAGAGCGGCUGCAGAGCAUCGCGCUGGCCAAGUCCAAGACGGCGGAGCAGGACUACGCGAGCAUCUACCUGAAGCGGCGCCUGGAGGAGGCGGAGGCGGAGAAGCAGUUCCUGUUCGAGAAGAUCAAGCUGCAGGAGAACCAGAAGCCCCUGCCGCACCAGGCGAGCAGCAGCGCCAGCGGCGCCGGAGGGGGAGACCCCGCGCAGACGAUGAUGCUGUCCAAGAUCCAGGACCUGCUCAAGAACGUCCGCAGCAUGCCGGCCAAGACGGAGGGGCACUGAGCUACCGGAACAAGAGCAGCAGCGCCCCUCAGAUCAGUUCGGUAGCAGUAACUGUAUGUGUGAUGCUGUGCUGAUUCCUUCGUCGGUGUAAAGUGCUAGCGUGGGUGGAUGCUGGCUGUGCUGGUUGGUGCUUAUGAUGUGCCGUUUGUAGUUUUGUUAUUCGAAAACUGUCAGAAGUUGAAAGUCGGGCAGAUAUGAAACAGGUGGAGCGAACAGUGAUGGUUCUAUGUUUACAUUUUCAUUGACCAAACAUAUUUGUAUGCUUUGUGAGUA